AUGGACACUGUAAAGAGAAUUGGUGUUCUAAUGUUGUGCUUUGCAUUGGCUUAUUGUGUGGAUGCUAAGGUAAGAGUAAGGCCAGUGGCUGGCCCUGAUAUCUACAGAGGUCACAAUGCAGCUAAGGAUGUCCUUGCUCCUGGUGAGAAAAUAGUUAAUGUCAUGAGCUUUGGGGCCAAACCUGAUGGCAAGUUUGAUUGCACUCAGGCUUUUAUGGACGGGUGGAGAGCAGCUUGCCAGUCCAAAGUGCAAGCCAGGCUUCUGAUCCCUCCGGGCAGAUUUGUGGUAUCUUCAAUGUUUUUUUCAGGGCCAUGUUUGACUCCAGGGCCCAUAACAAUCCAAGUAGUAGGUACAGUUGUGGCUACAACAGAUAUCAGUGAGUAUGAGAACAGUGAAUGGCUCAUGUUUCAGAACCUCGCAGGUUUAAAACUCAUUGGUGGUGGUACUUUUGAUGGGAUGGGUAAGAGUUCAUGGUCAAACUCUGAGAACUGUGAAGCAGACCCCACCGACACAUGUGUCCGGGCACCUAGUAGCCUUUAUUUCAGCAAAGUUACCAAUGGAAUCAUACAGAACAUCAAAUCCGUAGACCCCAAAGGCUUUCACGUAUUUGUCACAAACAGUGCAAACAUCAGACUUCGAUUACUUAAGCUCAAAGCACCGGCUACAAGCCCCAACACUGAUGGCAUUCAUAUUAGCAACUCCAUCAAUGUAAAAAUAUCCAAAAAUAGUGUUGAAACUGGGGAUGAUUGUAUUUCCAUGAUACAAGGAGUCAACAAUAUUACCAUCAACAAGCUGAAAUGUGGUCCUGGACAUGGUAUUAGUAUUGGAAGUCUCGGAAAGUAUGAGAAUGAGCUAGAGGUGAAAGACAUUCGUGUCAGCAACUGCACAUUGGUUGGCACAACCAAUGGCCUCAGAAUCAAAUCAUGGCCAGAUAAAUAUCCAGGUGCAGCUUCAGGUAUCCACUUCAGUGACAUUACCAUGGAAAAUGUGAAAAAUCCAAUCAUCAUUGACCAAGAGUAUGAAUGCGCUCCAAACUGUCAAAAGAAGCCUUCACUAGUAAAGGUCAGAAGUGUUAGUUUUUCAAAUAUAAGGGGAACCACAAUUUCGCCAAUAGCAGUGGAUUUAAGGUGUAGCAAGCAAUUCCCAUGCCAAAAUGUUCAACUUAACAACAUAAACCUGAAGCUUGGACCCGCCCCUACAAACUCUAGAUGUGCCAACAUUAAACCUAUAUAUGUAGGCUUGCAAGCACCACCAGCUUGUGCAUAAAGUUUUGUUCAGGAUUUUUCAAGGAUGGUUUUGAAUCCCAAAAAACAAGCUGAACCUAAACAUACUU